GUACAGAAAGUGACAAUAAUGCUCUGACGUCAAUAGAGCUCAACGGAUAACCGUCUUAUUAUGAAAUACAUCACCGGAAGUCAUGUUUUACUCUGGCAAGCUUAACAUUUUGAGCUAACGCAGCGCUACUUCUGCUUUAACAACACGCUCACUAGGACCGACGCCAUCUCGGAAUAAAGGACGUCCAUAGGGUGUUUUUGGAAGCAGAAAAUAUUCAAAUACCACAAGUUGGCUUUCAGAAAUUUCUGGGGAAAUAUAACGUUUCAUUCGUUUAGUAACUCUUUCUGCGGAUAAGAAAGUGUAUCAGCCGCCCUCGAAGAAGUAUCAUAACGUUAGCUAACUGUUAGCUUGUGACGUAGUUAGCUAAACUAGCUAAUUUAGCCGCGGAGGAAUUUCACAGCCUGUUUAUGUUUUCGCCAGUUCGAAAAAAUGUUGGACGGAUCUCCGGCUCACGGUGAUGAAACGAACAUCGGGAACGUCGAAAACAACAACCCGAUAUCGUUGAUAAGCAGCGAUGGGGUGAACAAGACGAGACAGGCGCUGCUGAAGAAAGGAGGGAGGAAGCUGCGGUCGACCGCGCCGCUGCAUCACCAGAAACCUCCGAGAAACAUCCGGCUGUCCGACCACAACAACAACAACACCACUUUAUCUGCUACCAAACCCGCAGCUCAGCCCGGUACCGAGCUGCCUCUCGGUACACAGGCCGUGCUGACCCUCCAUCAUCUCAACCAGGGACCCAAGACAGAGCUGCUGAAAUCCAAAGGCGGCAGGUCGGAGCAAGGAGCCGCGCAGCCGGGUGGCCAACCCGGCCGCAACCAGCCCCGGCAGGACCGAAUCGGCCAGAACAUGAUCACGCGGAGCCACAAGCCCAAGCAGGGCCAAACCCCCGCGGCCUCCCGCUCCGCUAAGAGGAAAGAGACGGGCAGCCCCAACAAGCCCCACCCUCGCCACCAGCCUCCGCCCCGAGAGCACAACCAACCCCUCCGCGCCUCCGACGCUGCGCCGGUCGCGAACACGCCGCCCGCCGAAGCCGCGCCCGAAUACCUCAAAGACGGCGAGAAGGUCUACGCCGGGGCCAAGUUCAGCGAGCCUCCGUCGCCGAGCGUCUUGCCCAAACCGCCCAGCCACUGGGUCGGCGAAAACGAGCCGCAGCCGAGCGACCGGAGCCGAGAGCAAAUGACUGUUCAUCUCAAGUCGCUGCUGAAGGUCACGGAGAAGUCAUGACCACGUCGGCUAUCCAUCCACGCACGAAUGCCAACAAUUGGAAAACAGGCAUUCAUGUAAAAAAAAAUGAGUUUGGCCUUUUAAACACACUGAAAUACAAUGUAGGGAGUUUUUUUAUUAACUGUAGUACAAUUUCUCACGAUUCAACAUGCUGCCUGCAUUUGUAAACAUUUUGACGCCGCGUUGUUGCUGGAGAUCUGACUAACCGAAUAUUUUCUGCCGCCGUGUCGGCAGAGUAAAAGAGAAAAUAAUGUCCGUGAUUGGAUUUGUGUAGUAGGAAGUCGUCUCCAGCAGCAACGCGAUCAGCGCCUAAUGGUUACAUUGUGCAAAGUGAUGACUGCACUUUUUUCUUUUUUUUAACGCUAUUGAAAAGGCAGUUUUGUGUUGAUUUUUUUUUCCCAAGAGCUUCUGCAAAUGUACAUAAUAUAUUGUAAACAUAUGUGUGUAUAUUUCUCCUUGUUAUUUUUAACUGAGAUUCUAGUUUUGUUACUGAGAUUUUUCCUAAAAAAAACCAAGAAAAAAAGAGAGAGAAAAAUAUCCCCUGCAAACUGAGGCGCUUUGUUACAGCUUCUUCAGCACGAGGCUCAGUGGAAGCACGAAAAGACUUUUCUAUCUGAUUUGCACUGAAAAUCAGGGGGGGGAAGGGCAGGGAACCUUUUUGAUUUUUAUCCAAACGCUUGACCAGCCACUUUGAUGACUUCAUCAGCCUUCGUCGAGCACAGGAGAGCACUUCCGGGUUCCCGGCUGGCUGGCCACCUUUUCAAAAUGGCUCAGCCGGCGGACAAAUCACAAAGUCCGAAUUUACCAUCCGGUCGCUGAAGUUCUUUCCCUUCCCGCGAACACGGGUCCAACCUGGUGGAAAGCCACGAGUGGAAUCAGGGACCGUGAGGCUGCCGAAGCCUCGCUCACGAACUGAAGAGAAAUGUGAAAAGUCUCACGACCAGCUGCUGCAGAAAAAAGCCAGUAUCCAGCAACAAGCCCAUGUGCUGCUGCUUCUUUUUUUAAUCUUUAUUGCACUGACUCCGAGUCAGUCACAUUAAGCCGUCUACAUUUGAAAUAUCUUUUUGUCGUCUGUCCACACACAGCCGGUGUAUUUCACAACCCCAAAAAACUGAUUUUUCAUUCAGAUUUCAUGUGUGUGUGUGUGUGUGUGUGUGUGUACGGGUGAAACUGAACUCGACAUACAUUACAUCAGCCCGGCCCAGUCGUGGCUGAGGAUUGUGAGGCAUUAAGAAAGACAAUCUUCUGUCACCUCCAGCUUUCUCUGUGAUCAUAAUGGUCAAUGCAGGCGAUGUCCAACACCGCUUUUCGCCUGAAGAUGUCGCGAUUAGAAGUAGUCGAUUGCCUCAAAAGCUACCUGUAACCUCUUUUGAUAAAGCCAAACAUUUGUUGGCUCCAGCGUCUAACGUGAGGAUUUUCUAUUUCAUGUCAUCUAAAUAUGUUUGGAUUUUUGGACUACUUUGUGACAUUUUAGGCAAUAAUAGUGAGAAACAAUGGGUUAAUCGACAAUGAAAUGACUCAUUAGUUGUACCGUUAGACAUAAUCAUAAAAUAAUGACAUGCAGUGAACAGGUAGUUUUUAUUAUAUACUAGUUAUACCGUUAUCUGGCAGUAGAAACAGAUAAACGCAAGUGAGGACAACUAAAUGGUGACUUUGGCUGUUUUCAAACGGCCAUAUAGGUGAUCACGGAGAGCAGGAGGGGACAGAAAACCAGUUAAAAAGAUGUUAAUGUUAGAGGACCGAGAAGAUGAAGCUGUUUUUGUAUUAUUCAGGUGUUUCAGGAUGGACGGCACGCAAAACCUUUUUAAAGAUUGUAUGGCUUCAUGUGGACGUAGUCUCACUUUUGUCUGUAUGUUGUGUCUUUUAAAGGGGACUCGGUUCCACACACUUCGUUUUCAUUUAUUUAAGGUAAUUUAAUGCACGUUAAUGUUUACCGAGAGUGCAGGAUGUGUUCCGUUUUGGCACUGAUGAUCUUGUAAUUGUGUACGACGUGUUCUUUUGUUUCUUCUGGAUGGUUUCCGGGGAUGCAGGCAGCUGCUGGAUCUUGUUUUCUUGACCUCUGUGACGUCACGCAAGUGGGAAAUUGUAUUACUGUAGCAAAAACUGCCCAUUUUUAUGACAGUGUUUUAAAAAAAAAUCAUUAUGAGAAUAUGCUAAACGAGGCACCUCCAUGUCACAAUUUGGAAGGGGAAAAAAAAGUUUUAUGAAGUCUUUCAUAUCUAAAUUAAAAAUGAUUAAAAUAUUGGUUACCCCUAUUAAA